ACACAUUCGACGAAGUCACUGGGUCAAGUCUCUCGCUCACAUGGCGUGGGCCGAACAGGUAUUAUUCAUUAUAAUAUGGUGCUUACACCCGCCGGGGCAGACUUAUUGCAUAACGACGACGACGACGACGAUACGUCGAAAUCGUUAAAAGACAGCCGCAGAAUGCGCGGAACGAAGAGUCGUCUUGGUGCCACGCUGCCACGCAGUUGUCGAUGCGGUUGUGGUCAAAGAUACAUCUACCACGGUAUAAUAAUAAUAGUAACUCACGGGUCAGCGCAAAAAUAUCACUGCGGGUAAAAAAUACGGGCGAAAUUCGAAUUUGGUUUUUCUUUUGCGCGCGCUACGAAUGUUUACGGAACCGCCUUUUAACACUUCGGCCGCCGUAGCCCGUACUUGCAGCAGUUGUUGUUGUUGUUGUUGUUAUUGUUGUUGAUCGCACGGCGAAACUAUCAUUUCAUAAUAUAGCGGAUCGAUUCAUCGCGAGGCUGCCACUGCACAAAGAUGAGAAACGCGUGUCUGUUGGCGGCCUUUUGGUUGGCCACGUGCACGUUGGUCAUCGUUGGCCGCGUUACCGGGGUGGAGUUCGAUCAGAGGCAGCCUUCGUCGUACGGCGACGACUAUUCUUACUACGGCGAACACAGUGUGGCGGCGCCAGAGAGCGAGGAAGUGUCGGCGCGCACCCAUCACGCAAAGCUGCACAAGUUGAAGAAGCUCAAGCUCAAGAAGCGUCUGUUGCUGCAGUGCCUGUUGGGGCACGGCCGGCGGCGGCGCGACACGUCCGAGGCUUCCGGUCGAUUCUUUCUUCCGGUCGUAUUGCAGAGCACCAACGUCAACGUGGGUUCCGGCGGCGGUGGAUACGGCGGCCAUCAGCAGCAACAGUCGAUGCACAGCGGAUGCAUGCAAAUGUUCGGCGAUGACAACAAUCACGGUCCACUGGGCUCGCCGCCGUCGUUGGGCUCGUUGGGAUCGUUGGGCUCGCCGUUAGGCUCGCUGGGCUCGGCGCUCGGUUCGCUGGGCUCGCUCGGGCCGGCUCCAGUGUCGGAAGAGACGGAAGAGGGCGGCAACCGCAAUUACGCCGCCGACUGGAACAGAUAUGCCAGACAGUUCCGCCGCAACUUUGUCAGGCCGCUGUACCGCCUGUUCUAGGGAUACGUAUAUUAUAUAGUCGUCUCGGCUGUUCGAUUCGGUCCCGUCGUUAUUAUAUAUUUAUAUAUAUUAAUCGAGAUAUAAAGCGGAACUAAUUCAGGCUUGAUUAUAUUAUAUAGUCAUUAUAGUAAUUGUAUAAUAAUGUGUUAUACCAUCGAUUAUGAAUACUAAUUACUAGCACAGUACUAGUGUAGUGCCUAUUUAUAAUCAAUGGUCAUAUAAGUAGACGGAACCCAUUAAAACUGGAUAUGUUUUAUAAGAAAUAUGCCUUAACCCAGGGUUAACUUAACUACGGGCUGCGACCAUAUUAUUCCUAUUUUAUAAAUUAAGAGUUUAAACUUUAAAAGUUAUACCGCCUACUCGCGUGUCGAUGUAUCAUAUCAUUAUCAUAUUCAUAACCGACACCGCCGGCUGUCUAUUAAUUUUUAGUUUAAUCCCAGAAUCAACUCUUUUGACUUAUUGGAAAUUAUUUUACUAACGCUUUAUCCAGGCAUAUGAAAAAAUAUAGGUACCCCGUACCCAACCACUAUAUCACUUGUGGCCUCCAGCUCACUUCCUGGGAACCCACCAAGACACGAGACACCUCUAAAAUGGAAUUGGUGUCAUGGCCCGCGUGACCGGAAUAAGUAGAUUAUCUCCAUAUCACCCGGAUAUCCCAUUUGUGGGAGUCCAUUUCGUGUGUUUUUUUUAUAUGUCAUGUCACUUUUGUAUCAUUGUAAAAAUGUAAAAUAAACUACUUAACACUGUACAUAACAUAUUGUAUAGAUCGUAAUAUUUUCAAAAAUAAGUUAUUUUAGUUUUUUUUUUUUAACGUACAAGUAAAAUAAUAAGGUUUUAUUAAACUAUUUUAAUCGUGAUCGUUGUUGUAAGUUAUAAAUAAUUAUUAACCUACGCGCAAUAAAUAGAUACCAAUAGGCAAUAGUACAAAAAUACAAAAUAUGUUAAGAGUUUUAGUUUUAGUUCAGUUCAGGUAAACUAUCAGUUAACAAAUAAAUAUUUAACACUAAAA